ACCACAUUAUCUACUUGCCUUCCUCACCUCCCUCCUUCCUUGUGUUACUCGUCACCAAAGCGCACCUUCCCAGCGCCUUGUUCACACCUUAGUGCCACAUCUAGCUUAGUGCCUGACCUUGUUUGGAUUGUGGCUUUGGAGAAGAGCACAGUAUAUACUGCCAGGAGAAGAACACGGGAGUGGAACUGAGAGGAAAAGAAGCAAAGCUACCAUUUCACUGUACUUCGUCAGAUUGUCGUCAAUGGCAAACAUGGAUCAGACUGUGGUGAAAGAUGAGGAUGUAGCGCGCAUGCUGUUUCUCGCCGUCAAUCCCACGACACUGGAGGAGAAUGACAUGGAGGUGGCCUCAACGCCCACAUACACAGAUGGAGGCGCCGUGGGCUUGGGUCUUUUCCAGUCCACCGGGGAUAUAAGUAGCGAGGGCGGCUCAGAAUCUACCCAGAGGCUCAUGGUCAAAUUUGAGGCGGCGCUCCGCGACCAGAGCAUCUACCCUGUGCGACGCGAGCUACAGCUGAGGCUGCUGAAACUGUCCACCAUGGAGCUACAAAAUGGCAACAACCUCAGCACCCUCGAGAGCAACUUUUCAGACGAAGUGGACCAGCUGAGCAGCAACGAGGAGUACGUGCUGGAGUUCACGGAGAUCUUCGAGAGAUUGAAAUACCCAGUACCAAAAGAAAUCAAAGACCAAUUCGACAGGAUCGUGACCAGCAAGAAAAUUCCCUUCAGGAAAGCAGAAGGCAACAAGAAAAAGACAUUUUUCGUAUACGCCGAAAACAAGAUCCUGAUGAAGGUGUGCAACAGCCUCUCUGCUUUGGAGGUGUACCAGAUGUACACGAUACUGUCGGAGAGCAAGGCGGUGGAAGAAGACGACGCAAUGAAGGACUUCUUGUCUCAACCGUGCGUGUCCCCCGAGGCCUUGCAUAAGGUGAAGGGACUUAAGGACGUGGCCUUCUAUUACUUUGUCCUCACACUUAUGAGGAAGAAGAUGAUAAACCGCCUCUAUACACACAAGCUCUACUUCCUCCUGGAGAAGCUGAAGCAAAUCCUCGGGGAAGAGAAAAAGACCUGCAUUCACAUCGACCGGGCCCUCGAGAUGCUUAACAGGUACCCUAUCGCCUCACAUCCGCCGGGGCUCUGCCUCAUCUUCCACAUGGCUGAGAACCGCAUCGGUUCCUCCAAAGACCUGACCCGGGUGCGUGAACUGUUCGAAAAGGUGUUCAUGUACGACGUGUUCGUGAAGGUCGAUCCCACCGCUGAACAGAUCAAGUCCAUCAUCAGCAAACUGAAAGCUGCAAGGAACAAAUUCUACGAUAGCCUGGUGGUGUGGUUUAUGGGUCACGGCAGCAAGACGUACCUGAACGUGAAGGAAGGACAGAUCCAUCGCCGGCUGGACCUGAUUGAGCCGUUUACGGAGAUCGAGUGGUUCUUCAAGAAGCCCAAACUGUUCUUCAUCCAAGCCUGCGCUGUCAAGGAUAACCGCAAGAGAUUUUCUUCCUCCUCGGGACAAGACCUGAAGGCUCUCUCAACACAAGUAGACUCGGUUGGUUGGAAGGCACCGGCGGGGCGAGUGUGGCAGGAGAAAUAUGCUGACUACACCGAUGUGUCAAACAUUAACUGCUUUGCUGACACACUCAUCUCCUAUGCGACCAUGUGGUACCAGCCAGCGGCACGUGACGAGGAGGGUUCUCUCUACGUGGACACUCUCGUCGAUCAGCUGCGGGACCACGGUAGUCAGGAGAGCAUCGAAAACGUCCUGCGUCGCGUGCACUACAACGUGAACACCGUGAGUUUGCAGCACAACGAGCCUGGCCAAGGAGAGGUGCAGUGGAAGCAGGCUCCUUACUUCGAGUCUUCACUUCAGAAGGAGUUUAUCUUCCCCAAGAGCACCAACACGUAGGGCUCUGGCUUGCGAGGGUCAGAAUUGAAGGCUACAAUGUGAAAAGACUGAUCAAUGUAUGAUAAGCCAGUGGUGUCAUAUGAUCCCGUUGUUGCAGUACCAUUGUGUUAACUCAUUACCGUGUUAUGUGGCGACCUUUGUAAACACGUAUCUUCAAAAGACAUUAGAGAGAGAGAGAGAGAGAGAGAGAGAGAGAGAGAGAGAGAGAGAGAGAGAGAGAGAGAGAGAGAGAGAGAGAGAGAGAUUAUUACCCUGAUGUGUCACUUUGUACCCAUACCGGUGAAUUUCAAAAGUAACACACGCAAAACUCUUGAUAUAACUAACCUCAAUAUAAGAAUAAUCAAAUAAUAACGAAACACUUAAAUCUACCGAACAAGCCUCGCAAUGAACAAGCUAUGGGUCGCUGAAAAAAGCAGAGGUUCGCUAAAUGUGACACAGUCGCUGAAUUUUAUGUUACUGAUAGGGAUGGAGGGCGGGGAAGAUGGUGGCGUCCAUGGGUGGUGAGUAAUAACAAGCCACAGGCCUUUGUGUAUCCUUCCUCGCUCCCGUCAUCCGGAGUUUCCACUGCUUGAAUAUUCAUUACUGAGUGAAUCGUCUUGGAUACUGAAGAGGUUUACAAAAAGGCCUCAUCGUAAUGGCUGUUGGCUAUAAUGGCCUUUCGGUUAUAGCGACCUAACCUUUUACUAGUUGGUUCGUAAUAUCCAGGGUUUACUGCACGAUAAAAAUAGUAGUAGUAGUGGAAGUAGUAGUACCAACAGUAGUACUCUGUUCGAGAACUUCAGAAAAAUAAGCACCUCCUAGUAACAAUUAAUGUUAUUGUCUUUACUGGAAAAUAUGCCGGUAUGUACGUGUACAUAUUCUUUGUGUGUCCCAUAAUGAAUAUUUUGUUAGAAGCAGGUUGCAGUGUUAUGCAGUAGACUAAAGCUUACCAAGACUUAGUAUUACCUCAUAAAUCUGUGAUUGUUAAGUUUUAAAGCGUGCCAUCGUUGGCGUUGUUUCCUGUAAACAGUCUAUCAUUUUGUUGAGAUGUUUUAUAAAAUCUGGUCAUAUUAAUAACAUAGAGUUCCGAGAUGUGUCCUGCAACUUUUGACUUGUGGUUAUUUGUCGUGUAAACACUAAAUUCACGAGCAAGAAGGACAGGAUGAAAGUGCUGCACGCUGGGGACAGGCUUGGCUCCUCCUGUCUCUGUCACCUUCCCCUUUUCGAGUCACUGAGAGGGUUUGGUCAUUCUGCUCUUGGAUUACUAUGUUAGGUUAGGUUUAGUGAUGAAAUUAUCUUAAAUCGCACAUGACGGGUUGGUGAUUCUACUUAUCGUGUAUAAGAUUGUAUAUAUUGAUGAGUGAUGCAUAUGCUUACAAAAAUUAUUAUAAUAGAAAACAUGAAAAAAAAGAAGAGAAAGAAAAAGUUAGUCAAAUCUGUUAAAUGAAAUGCCAUACAUUACAAGUUUGAUUUGUUUUAAAUUUCUUCCUUUCACACACCAAUCCAAAUUGAUCAACCAACCUCCUGAAUCCAUCCUACUACUACCAAAGAAAAUACUUCUUGCAGCAACAGUAACAGUGGUAACACUAAAAACCUGCCGAGACGGUAAUUACUCUCAGUGGUCUCAUAAGCACUGGCGCAGGUGGGUGCUGUGAACUUGCUUCUGACCCACUGUGACGUCCAUGAACGUUUCCCUUCGUGUCUCACAAAACAAAGGAGCAGUCAAAACCUGUCCUCUAAAGACAACUCCCCUCACAAAACAAUAAGUACACCUAAAACACUUACACCUUCCGCUCAAAAUUAUUUAGGGUGAAUUAUGAUUAUUCUCACACCUUUCCUGUGAUGUCGAAAAUAUUCUGAGAUAGAGAUUUUUCAAGUUUUAAGGUUCCCAUAUGAAAAAGACUAAAAAUAUUAAAAUCAAGAGAAUUCUUUCAAAGUUACUUAUUUUAAAAGAAGAAAAAUUGGAGAAUAUUAUCGAUGUUAUAUGUUCACAUGAAUCAAUAAAAAGUGGUUUUCGA